UUCAUAAACAGUGAUCUUCGUGAACACAACGCUCAUUACGUGAACGAAUUCAUUUCAACUUUCGAUGCUAAAGUUGAUCAGAGUGCCGUCUACGAGCUUAUUUCGAGUUCGGACAAUGAUGAUAAAAAGGCUGGAAUAUUGCUCAUUGUGUGUUUGGUUGAGAAUGCGGGUGAUGAACAGAAGCGAAUACCGCGAUUCGCGAAAUACCUGCUGAAAGCGCUGACGAACAGCGAUGAAGUUGGCAUGAAAUUGUCUGCGAGAGCGAUCGCUUACCUCAUACAGACAUCGAAAACAUUCGCCGUCGAAUUGGUCGAAAAAUCACUGAAUCAAGUAAAUUUUCAAAUUUGUUAUGUCUAUUAUUAUGUUUGUGAGUGGUUAGAAGAACCCGAACGGCAUGAGGCUCGUCGUAUGGCUGCAGUUCUUCUGGCUGGCCAGCUGGCUCUCUACACAUCGACAUCCUUCUUUUUAAGAGCGGCACAUUUCUUCUCGAAUAUUUUCAAUGUUAUUCGCGAUCCGAAAGUAAUCGAGUUGCAUUUGUUUCUGUUGAUUAUUCAUUGUCAGAUGUUUUUGACAGUUAUCGUUGUUAGUGAGUAG